AUGGGUGAACACGUAUUUCUAAGGGUUACUCCAAGAACUGGGAUCGAAAGGGCGAUCAAAACGAAUAAGUUGAAUCCGAAGUUUAUUGGACCUUUUGAAGUGUUGAGGCGAGUCGGGCCGGUGGCAUAUCAAGUAGCUUUGCCGCCGCAUUUAUCUAACUUGCAUGACGUAUUCCAUGUGUCACAACUUUGGACGUACACAUCGGAUACGGGUCAUGUGUUAGAGCCUGACUCGGUCAAAUUGAAGGAAAAUCUGACUUUUCAAGUCACACCAGUGUGGAUCGAUGAUACUAGUGUGAAGAAGCUACGUGGAAAGGAAGUUCUACUGGUAAAGGUAGCUUGGAAUAGAGCUGGAAUGGAAGAGCACACUUAG